AUCAAAGAUUUUUCUUUCGGUCUCUCCUUCAUGUCGUGCUUACACAAGUCUCAGUUUGCAAACCUUCACCGCGAGUCUACCUCCAUAGCUGAUUUUGAAUUCUCCCUCGGGUUCGCUGUAAAAUCUCUUUGCUCGGCUGACGAGUAGUUCAAGCUUUUCUCAAAGCAGAUAGGAGGAUUCAUUUUUUCAUUGAGUGCAAUGAAUCCAUUGACAUUGGUGAAACGUAUACAGAAUAUCAAUUCCAAAGAAGCGGCACUAGGAAUUUCUGAAGAAGCUUCAUGGCAUGCAAAAUACAAGAACUCGGCUUAUGUUUUUGUGGGUGGUAUCCCGUUUGAUCUUACCGAAGGAGAUCUCCUCGCAGUCUUUGCCCAGUACGGAGAGAUUGUCGAUGUUAAUCUGGUUAGAGAUAAGGGGACUGGUAAAUCCAAAGGAUUUGCCUUUGUCGCAUACGAGGAUCAGAGGAGUACAAAUCUUGCAGUAGACAAUUUGAAUGGAGCACAAAUUCUUGGCCGAAUUAUAAGAGUUGAUCAUGUUAGUAAAUAUAAAAAGAAAGAAGAAGAGGAUGAAGAGAAAGAACAGAAGAUGAGGGAGGAACGAGGGGUCUGCCGAGCUUUCCAAAAAGGCGAAUGCAACCGUGGAGCUGCAUGCAGAUUUUCCCAUGAUGAGCAAAGAUGUGCAAACACAGGCUGGGGUUCCAAGGACGAUGAUCCAAAAUGGGAUCAUGACAAGUAUGAUGGCCCAUCUAAGAGCCACAGAAGAUCUAGGAAUAAUUUUGAGGAUCGCCUUCCAGAGUCUGCCAUCCAAGAUAAGGGGUCAAGGUUCAGGUUGGAAGACAAUGAUGGGAUUUCUAGAGCAGAAGGUGAUGAAAGGAAGAGGAAAGGCGAACAUAAGCGAAACGAAAUGAAUUCAAGGGAUCGCAAUAGACUAGCUGUUGAGAAACAGUUGGAAUGGAAAGAGAAGGAACAGAGACGUAGAGAAGAUCGUAAUGGACAAGAAAUUGAGAAAAGGUCAAGACAGGAUGAAUCAAAAUCAAAUCCUGGAGAGGUUCAUGAUAGGAGAGGAAGGGAGGAGAAAAGGUCAGGAAGGCACAAGUCAGAACCUAAUCCAAAAGAUGAGCGAGAUGGAAGAGGUCAGAAACGAUCGAAAUAUGAUAAAAGAGAAUAAAUGAAAUGCAUGACAGGUGAUCGAUCAUACAACUGAAGAAUCUUAUGGUGAAUCUGAGCAAGAGUGGAGCUUAUGGAAACACCUACCAUGGUCUGGGAUUAAAGGUAUGGUACCAAGACUAUUUUGCAUCUUAAGUUGAUCUCUUGUAAAGCCUUCAUCUUGUGUGGCCAUUGGAUUACAUGUUGGUUCCUUUCAGCAAUUCAAACUGCAUUCUCGGUUAGCACAUGGUGGUGUUAUUGAAGUGUUGAUGAACUUAAGAAUUUGGCUUUAUGCGAAUCAAGAGUGUUAUUUGCCAAUUUUGUUUGAAUUGUAA